AUGAUGGGAUGGGACGAUUUGAUUUACAACAUCUCUACUGAAAGUUAUGCCGUCACUACUUCCAGCAUCCUCCCAGCUGGAGGGACAGGGUUGAGGCUAUAUUCUCUCAGAGUGUCGAAGUCUGGAGAUCUCUUGUACCUCGGGGAUAGCUCCAUAAGCACAAUCGUCCUCACUAGUAGGUGCGUGCCAUGUCAGUCGCACAUCCCUCUCUUCGCUCACUACACGUCCGAGUGCUCUUGGAGAUGCAAAGAAAACUUCCAGCAGCUUGACUUCCCCUCGGAGGUCAACGCCUCUGACUAUGUGGACGUGAAGCUGUACGGUGUCUCCCAGCAAGGAAACUUGUCGUCGACUUGUGUUCCUCUUGCACUUCCCCGAGGCUCCGAAGCACACAGUUCAAGGUGCUGGCUCAACUUCACGUGGACUGAGCUGCUGACCUCACAGUUCGUGGCGCGAGCGAGUGACUGGUUGACUGGUGGGCUGGGGAAGCUGAUGGUGCGCGAUCGAUACCUCACUUGGGUAUGCCAGAGAAAUCACACGUGCGCGGAGAGCGAAGAUGCCUUCUACUGCCUCAUAUUCGAUGAGGUCCAGAGCAAGUUCGUAGCAUGGGGCUCCCUGACUCAGUUGGGGCUGAGAUAUUGA